AUUCCUCCCCGGGGUGAAAGGUUAGCGGAAGUGUUCUUCUUUCUUUUUUGCUGUAGGCCUGAGUGGUUGCUGUGGAAAUGGGCAAGUUCAUGAAACCUGGGAAGGUGGUGCUUGUCCUGGCUGGACGCUACUCUGGACGCAAAGCCGUCAUCGUGAAGAACAUUGAUGAUGGCACCUCAGAUCGCCCCUACAGCCAUGCUCUGGUGGCUGGAAUUGACCGCUACCCCCGCAAAGUGACAGCUGCCAUGGGCAAGAAGAAGAUCGCCAAGAGGUCAAAGAUCAAGUCUUUUGUGAAAGUUUAUAACUACAAUCACCUAAUGCCCACAAGGUACUCUGUGGAUAUCCCCUUGGACAAAACUGUCGUCAAUAAGGAUGUCUUCAGAGAUCCUGCUCUUAAACGCAAGGCCCGACGAGAGGCCAAGGUCAAGUUUGAAGAGAGAUACAAGACAGGCAAGAACAAGUGGUUCUUCCAGAAGCUGCGGUUUUAGAUGCUUUGUUUUGGUCAUUAAAAAUUGAAAAGGAAAGAAA